AUGCCUGCCAAGUCCCGAUUUACGAGGCUUGAUGCUUUCGCAAAAACAGUCGAGGAUGCUCGCGUCCGAACCACCUCCGGAGGCAUCGUCACCAUCGCCUCUCUAAUCGUCAUACUGUAUCUGGUCUGGGGAGAAUGGGUUGAUUAUCGAAGGGUGGUGGUUCUUCCGGAAUUGGUUGUGGACAAGUCUAGAGGCGAGCGGAUGGAAAUUCAUAUGAACAUCACUUUCCCUCGGUUACCGUGCGAGUUGGUAACCCUUGACGUGAUGGAUGUCUCGGGCGAACAGCAAGUCGGGGUGGCCCACGGAGUGAACAAGGUGCGCCUGAGCUCGCCUGCGGAGGGAGGCCAUGUGCUGGACAUCCGAUCAUUGGAUCUACAUUCCAAAGACGAGGUCGCCAAACACCUCGAUCCCAACUACUGCGGCGACUGCGGCGGCGCCGACCCUCUCCCUGGCGCCAUCAAGCCGGGAUGCUGCAACACCUGCGACGAAGUGCGGGAGGCCUAUGCGGCCAAGAACUGGGCUUUUGGCAAGGGCGCCAACAUCGAGCAGUGCGAGCGCGAGGGCUACACGGCACGCAUUGACGCGCAGCGCCGCGAAGGAUGCCGGCUUGAGGGUGUGCUGCGCGUGAACAAGGUCGUGGGCAACUUCCACAUCGCGCCCGGCCGCAGCUUCACCAACGGCAACAUCCACGUGCACGACACACAGGCCUACUUCGACCUCGACCUCCCCGACGAUGCAAAGCACACCAUGGAGCACGAGAUCCACCAGCUGCGCUUCGGCCCCCAGCUGCCGGACGAGCUGUCCGCCCGCUGGCAGUGGACCGACCACCACCAUACCAACCCGCUCGACAACACCCACCAGGAGACCAACGACCCGGCCUACAAUUUCGUCUACUUCGUCAAGGUCGUCUCCACCUCCUAUCUGCCCCUCGGCUGGGACCCGCUCUUCUCCUCCGCCCUCCACAGCACCUACGAGAAGGCGCCCCUCGGCGCCCACGGCAUCGGCUACGGCGCCUCCGGCAGCAUCGAGACGCACCAGUACUCCGUGACCUCGCACAAGCGCUCCCUGCGCGGCGGCGACGCCGAGGACGAGGGCCACAAGGAACGCCUGCACGCCGCAAACGGUAUCCCCGGCGUCUUCUUCAACUACGACAUCUCCCCCAUGAAGGUCAUCAACCGCGAGGCCCGCCCAAAGACCCUCUCCAGCUUCCUGACGGGCGUCUGCGCCAUCAUCGGUGGUACGCUGACCGUUGCCGCGGCGAUCGACCGUGGUCUGUACGAGGGUGCCUUGCGUGUGAAGAAGUUGCAUUCCAACUAG